AUGAAUAAUGAAGAAGAACAUUCCGAUGAACUUAUUGCUGCAUGUAUCUGGUCACUAUAUAUCCAACAAAAAGAUCAAAUGUUCACAGAAGAAGAGUUCAAAAGACUUGAUUAUCUGCAAAAGUAUGCCAAUUCAUCAUGUUUACGCCAAGCGGUUUUAGUUGGAAUGUUCUCACGUAUAGAUAUACAACCAGAUAACUAUGGUGUUAUUGAUGUUUACCAUUCGUAUAUGAGUAGUACAGCCAAGAUUAUGGGAAGUGAAGAUGAAAUGAAUUACUGUGAGAGAGCCAGUAACUGGAUAAUUAGACAUGCGUCAGUCCUACUACCAUAUUUUAUUCAUGAUAUGUACGAAAACUUUGCUAACGUAUGGUGUUUUGGUGUUGCAGAUUACAUCAAAGUGGCAACAAAUAUCUGUGCAAAAAUAACGAAUGAAUUUCGUCGUGCUGUCCACCAGACUUCAAUGGGGGAGAAAGUCUUUCGAACAGGCCUCUACGAGAUGAACAAAAAAUUAGAUACGUCUUCACAAUAUGAUUGCUUAACGCUGUAUGCAUGUUUCGAAGAAGUCUCUCCUCAUUAUAUUGCAAUGCUCAUGGAACAUGUACUAAAUACGUUAGAAAAGGAUUUGCAUCUAACUAAUUUAGUUACUACGUUGCGAUUCGUAUCAGACCGUCGAUCAAUCGAGCUUCUUUUCAAUAUCUUUCAAUUGUCAUUGUCAUUGAGACAACGCCAUACUGCCGCUGAGGUACUACUACGUUUAACUCUUCUUGAUCAUGUAUCUAUUACUGAGGUACAAAGAAUUUUGACUGCAGCCAUCGAGGAUCCACGGUCACAACAUCAUCUGUUCAUAAGCCAUUAUUCUCGAAGUACGUUCGAUUAUAAACUUAAGACACUACUCGUUCGCCUUUUGGUCAAGCAAGAUAGUCGGGGAGAGUAUGAAAAAGAAAUUGACAUGCUUAACAUAACCACAAGCGAUAGAACUCAAGCGGCAGUUUUUGGAAAAUUCAAUAGCGAAAACAAUAGCUCUUAA